AUGAUUGAUAAAUUAUAUUUAAUGAGUAAAAAAAUAAUAUUGAUAUUAUUCUUCUUAUUAUUAUUAUUAUUAUUGUUGUUGGUGUUGUUGUUGUUGUUGUUGUUGUUGUUAUUGUGCUAG